UCCCCCCCCCACUCUUUCUCCCACGCAUGCGCGUGGGCCAUCGCAAGGCGCCGUAAGAGGACCGACGGCGGCUCCACUCGGCCCGGGCGUCGAAGUGAGCAGACGCCGCCGCCGCCGCCGCUUCUCCCCGCCCCGUCUAGGCCUCCGCUUCCCUCGGCCGGGGGACGCGCUUCGGACCCAGGCGACCCCGAGGGAGGCUCCGAGGACGAUGCCCCGCGGAAGAAAAACUGGAAGAAUUAAAGUUUUGAUUCAGCUGACUGCCAAACUGCUCAGAUUUCUCUGAAGAGUCCGGCUUGAAAGCUUGUCAAGAGCUGAACAAUUUGCCAAACCUGACAGUGCAGAAAGAUUUUAAUUACGAGCCAUGAUCAAUUCCAAAGUUUCCAUCAGACUGCUGGGGUUCUACGCGUUCCUCGUUUUUCAAGGCUGGAACCGAGACGGCACGAUCCAUGCGGCAGGAAUAAAGACCGAUCCUGGCCAGCGGAGACAGGAAGAUGGGGUGACUGUAGCCCCAGAGGACAUCAUGCCUUUUUUGCAGUGCUACUGUUCCGGUCACUGUCCAGAAAAUGCCAUUAAUAACACAUGCAAAACUAACGGACAUUGUUUUGCCAUCAUUGAGGAAGAUGAAAAUGGAGAAAAAACCCUUUCUUCCGGCUGCAUGAAAUACGAAGGUUCGGACUUCCAGUGCAAGGAUUCCCGAGUUGUUCUACGGCGCCGUACCAUUGAAUGUUGCCGGACCGACUUCUGCAAUCAAGAUCUGCAGCCCACUCUACCCCCUACUUCAACAGAUACCUUGUUUGAUGGCAGCAUACGUUGGAUAGCUGUGCUUAUUUGCAUGGCAGUCUGCAUAAUUGCCAUGAUUGCCCUCUUUGGCUGUUUCUGCUACAGGCAUUACUGCAAAGGGGUAGCAAAGAGACGACGUUACAAUCGUGAUUUGGAGCAGGAUGAGGCCUUCAUCCCAUCUGGGGAAUCAUUAAAGGAUCUUAUUGACCAGUCGAUCAGCUCUGGCAGUGGUUCAGGACUGCCUCUGUUGGUGCAACGGACGAUCGCCAAACAGAUUCAGAUGAUCCAGCAGGUUGGAAAAGGGAGAUACGGUGAAGUGUGGAUGGGUAAAUGGAGAGGGGAAAGGGUAGCCGUGAAAGUGUUUUGCACUCCUGAAGAAGCCAGCUGGUUUCGGGAAACGGAGAUUUACCAGACGGUUCUUAUGCGCCAUGAAAAUAUACUCGGGUUCAUUGCAGCAGACAUUAAAGGCACAGGUUCCUGGACUCAUCUCUACCUAAUCACCGAUUACCACGAAAAGGGCUCGUUGUAUGAUUUCCUCCAGUAUACCACGCUGGACAACAGAGCUUUGUUGAAACUGGCUUAUUCUGCUGCGUGUGGCCUCUGCCAUCUGCACACGGAAAUCUAUGGGACCCAAGGCAAGCCUGCUAUUGCUCACCGAGACCUGAAGAGCAAAAAUAUUUUGAUCAAAAGGAACGGGACCUGCUGCAUUGCAGAUUUGGGCCUCGCUGUCAAAUUUAACAGCGAUACAAAUGAAGUCGAUGUGCCUAUAAAUACACGGGUGGGCACAAAACGGUACAUGGCCCCUGAAGUCCUGGAUGAAACUUUGAAUAAGAAUCAUUUCCAGCCGUACAUCAUGGCCGACAUCUACAGCUUCGGCUUGAUCAUUUGGGAAAUGGCUCGGCGAUGCAUCACAGGAGGGAUUGUUGAAGAAUACCAACUCCCCUAUUACGAUAUGGUCCCGAACGAUCCUUCAUUCGAGGACAUGAGAGAGGUGGUCUGCGUGAAGCAUCUGCGCCCAGUGGUGUCAAAUCGAUGGAAUAGUGAUGAGUGUUUAAGAGCCAUACUGAAGUUAAUGUGCGAAUGCUGGGCCCACAACCCAGCCUCUAGACUGACCGCCUUGAGGAUUAAGAAAACCCUGGGCAAGAUGGUGGAAUCGCAAGAUGUUAAAAUUUGACAAAGAAACGUCGCAGAAGAGUGAAUUUGGGACUCUUAAGAGCUGUUCACUCAACCCCAGAGCAGGUUUGGUGGGAUCAGGAGGGGACCUCUGACUUUCAGCCCACACUUCCUCGCUAAUUCUACAGGCUGCUAAUAAAUAUUAAAAUUUUAAUAAGAACAUGGGAUCCAUGCACACGAUACAGUACACGCAUGGAUGGCCUUAUCUUUUUUUUUUUAUUAUUUUGAGCUGCAUUAAGAUUUUAAUCCCAGUUUUUAGAGUCCCAUCGGUUUCUUUAGGGCUGAAUUGAACAUUCAGAUUGAUUGCGCUUUCUGUGAAAGCCUUAAGUUAAAUGAACGCAACAGCAAACAAAAGAAAAAACAGAAUCAAGCUUUUUUUGUCUCCUACAUUGAUGUUACCUAACCAGGACUUGACAGAAUAGCCUGUGUGUCUGGGACACUUAAGUAAUUGGACAAGUCCCUUAAGUCUUGUACAAUGUUGUGCCAGGAUUUUUCUCCCAUGUUUGGAGUACUUAAGAAGCCAUUCAAUUUUGUGCAAAGCUACCGUUUCUUUUUUUUCUUUUUUUUUCCACGAUGCCUUCGAGAUGCGAAAAAGAGUUACUUCUACCUUCCUUUUGUGUUUGCGUCAAGGACGACCCAAACAGCCCCUAUGAAUUUGUGCACAGCUUUCUUUUCAAGUUUGAUGCGAAGAUCGAAAUCAACAUCCAGGGCUGUUCCUGAAGACCCGAGCCCGCCACAUCGAACCGCAGAAUUGCUUUGAUCAUUUUUAAGUGCCUGUAAUCUUGUACUGUAAACAGUGCCAUAGCUGGUUAGUUGGUUGGUUGGUUUUUUGUUUGUUUUGUUUGUUUUGUUUUUUUUGAAAAGGGAAAUUAUUUAUGCAGUACGCAGAGUGCUUUUAUUUCCUGCUCUUCGUAUGUGUGUAAACAUGCCGUGCAGAGAUCUGAAAGUAAUUUUCAAAGUCAUUAGGUUCCAUUAGAAACACACCUGCUGGAUGUGACACUUUUUGAAUAGUGCAUUGGAAUAGAUGCAUGGAUAUUACACAAGCGUUUAAAUUUUCCUUUGAGAAGCAUUCGGUUGAAGAUUUAAUUGCAGGAGUGUCCAUCCUUGAAGGGAACUUGAAGAUUUCUGGACUUCAACUCCCAGAAUUCCCCAGCUAGCUGGCUGGGGAAUUCUGGGAAUUGAAGUCCACGGUUCUUAAAGUUGCCAAGGUGUUAGACACACUUGCUUUAAUUCAACUUGAGUGUGAAUUGAAGCAACAAUGGCAUGUAAGGGAUUUUGGGUCAGGCAAUACACAGCAGUAUUCAUUUAAUUUAUAACUUGGUGUACACAUUUUAUUUAACAUUUCUUUAAGUCACUUGCUCGCUCAGCAAUGCCUUUUAAGUAUUAGUGCAUAUUCCUCCGAACGGAUAAUAGGUACAUAAACUAUGGAUUAAUUUAUUGAGAAGGCAGCAAACGACGACAACAUUUUGCCAGCAGUCCUUAGCGAGAGACCCAUUCUUCUGUCCAUUGCUCAGAAGGUAGUGUAAGGUUCUGAAAUUUACCUCAUGUCUUGUUUUCCACAAGCAGUUAAAGAUUACUUGGGAUAAACCAGGGGAGAAAUGCUACCGGCUCGCACCGGUUCUGGCGAACUGGUAGUACAAAAAAGCUACCGUUUCAUCCAAACCGGUAUUUCCGACGAUCAGCUGUGCCACGCAAUUAGCGAAUCUAAAUCACGCAGCACAGCUGUUCCCCCCCACUCGCUGUUCUACUUACCUUCCCAAGCCUCCUUUUUCCAUGCGAAGCGCGCAUUUGACGUGCACUGUGCGUGCUCACAGUGUGCAUUUGGUGUGCACUGUGCAUGCGCGGGCGGCAAACCAGGUGUUGUGACCAAGGCCCAAGUAGUGAUUACCAAACACAAUUCAGUCCUGAACAAACUUAUUCUACAAACAACCCAACAGCUCGUUGCUGCUCUUUUAAGCCUUAUGGGAGUGGCCAAUCAUCUUUUGGCCUUACUCCCGAGUUGUCCUUUUUUCUUCAACUACUUUUGCCUUCUGGCAGCUCUUCACAUGCGUGCACUAGGAACAGGCUCCUCCUGUUCCUCUGCCUCUCUGCUGUCCGCCUCUGGAGGUUCUGGAGUCCAUGCAUCACUCUCAGAUGGCCCUGGCCCCAUCUCUUGUCUCCAAGGCAGAGCCCUCGUCCGGGGCUUCCCCUGACUCCAGGACUGGCCCAUGGUCCUCCCCAGCCUCCUCGCUGUCCGACUAUGCUUCCAAGUCCGCAGGCUGCUGGUGGAACACAACACCGGGGAGGAUUUCACCACUGGAAUAAACCAAAUUAUUAAUGUAGACCAGCUUUUUUUUUCUUUGCCUUCUGUGCGUUCCGAGAUUUCUUUCUAACUUCCAUACCGCUAUGUCCACUAAGGAUCACUCAUCCGGCAGGUGCCACACCAGUAUAGUUCGCAACCCGAUGACAUUCUAGAGAUCCAGAUACCCAACUUUCUCUUAAUUUUUCUCUUAAUCUUGAAACAACCUCUGUAGCGGUGAGCAAUCAUGGUCUUCUUGUAGUGAUCUUCUGAAGAAGGGGGGUGGUCUCGGGCUUCUUGAGAAUACAGAUAAGAAACCCCCGUUCUAGCCAAAUUCUUUUAAAUCAAAAUUCCAUCUAAGCCAAGAUUUGUUUACAAAAAAUAUCAUGCCUCUUUGGAAAUUUUGGUGAGGAGUAUGUCAGUUUAUUUGGCCGGUGUACUUCCGCCUUAGGGUAGGUAAAGUGCUGACUAUUAAUAUUCACAUUUUUUUUAAAGCUUUAGAAUAAAAGACAAUCUAGUUAAUGUCAUAUUUGGUCAGAGCCAUUGCUCUUUGGAUCCGGUAGGCCUCCUAAUUUGUUGUUAUAUCUAUGAAUUGUUAAAUAUCCUUUACAUUUUCUUAACACACCUUAGUAUAGAUCAGCUGUUCUGGUCUGGUGAUCUCCAAUAGGAUAGGGAUUACAGUUUCCAGAGUGGACUACAGCUGCAUAACACAGUGAGCUCCCUUCGUUUCAAAAUAACCCACAUCGGCAUAAUCAAAGCAACACACUCCUGAAUGAAAAGCACCAAUUUUUCCCCCUUUCUCUGCAAUUUAACAGUAGGAGAAUAAUUCACAGUCAGAACUCCUGAGAUUAAUCGUAUCAGUUUAAUUCUGCUCUAGAAAAUGAUGUCAUUUAUUUGACUACUAACUCUUUGCCUUACUCUUACCUUACUCUUUCAGCUAACUUGUUGUUGCUAUCAGUCACAGUACACGGGAGUAAAUUUCAGCAUAUGUUUGUCUGGAACCUGCCUCGCAGCCUUGAUUUUUUAAUUGAAAAAAAAAGCAUAGCUUCUCCUUAAUAUUUCCCAGGCUGUUAAUCACUUAGUCUGUAAUUCAACAGGUCUCUUCCAGCGCCUUAAGUUUUAUUGAUACAUCUUCCAGCCCACAUUGCCUUUUUUUGAAGUGCACAUUUAUCACAGGUCACUUGAUGGACCUGAGCGAAACAGUGAUUGGAUGCCUUUUGCUGAACUUACAACUUAGAACUGGUUGUUUUAAGAUGAUGGAUAAUUCAGAAUUUCCUACUUUCAUGUGCAAGAGAUAGAGACUCUACGUCUCCAUCUCUUGUGGGAUAAAACUCUUCCUGGGACACGAUAGGUCUAACACAAAUGGCCAAGCUGGACUACGCAAAAUUGUGCUGUGUGCUUGAUUCAACCGCCAUUGGAUAUUAAUGGGGGAUGUUUGUGGCAGUGUAAGGGAAGGACUUUGAGAAGAUUUCAGCUGACUACGUUGCAAGCAAAUAAAGAAACAGGAUGUUCAUUAUAGCGAGAGUGAACUGUGCAGAAGUUGUCAGAAUUCAACAUGGUUUUGCUUUGUGUUUUAAACCAGGAGUCUCCAACCGUGGCAACUUUAGGACUUGUGGACUUCAACUCCCAGAAUUCCCCAGCCAGCAUGGUCUUAAAGUUGCCAAGGUUGGAGACCCCUGGUUUAAACUAAUGGCCUUCUUAGGUAACAGCCUUAUUUUUACAACCCUGCCCAAUGUAGAAAGUUUUGAUAGCGGUAUAUUGUGCUUUUCAAUCAGGUUGCUCUUAGGGAGUACAUACCUCUUCUUCAAAAAAAUACUUUGUAAUGUCUUCCAUUAUGUGCUGUGCAGAUUGAUGCCUGACCAGCGGGUAUGUGCCUUUGAACUGUGCUUUUAAGAAAACCUUCCACCUUAAAAAGCUCUUACGAAUGGAAGCCUUGAGAUUAAUACGAAAUCAUCAGAAGAAAAUGUUCCUGAUUGUAGGGGAAGAAGAUUUCCAUAUGUUUUACUCCUUGUUGGGGAAUGAAUGGUGUUAGAAGCAACAGGCAGGUGCGGCUACUUUGUAGGCGUUUGACAGUUAGUAGCCAUUCACGUAACCCCAUGCAAGAUUCACCUUUCUUACUCUAAAGUGUUCCUCCUGUUGUAAUCUGCUCAGUGGCCCUUCUGCUCCUUGAAGUUGUCAGUGUUCAUUCUGUGGGACAAGACAUUAAUUACGGAGAUGUAAAUGAAAGAUUUAUAUCUCCAUUUGCAAAAUGCCGUCAAACGUCACCAUAAUGUUCUGUCCCCGUCUCACACACGCACACGAACAGUCAGCCAGGAGUUAAUAAAACCAGCAAUCAGGAUUUUCUUUGAGAUAACAGCAUUGGCAGCAACCCAGUAGCUGCUUGCCAAAAACUUUAUUCACAAAGGGAGGUUUUCCUCCUCCGCCAGAUAAACCAAAAUAAGUUCACAAAGCCAAAGAAUUGUCAAGUCCAGUCCAUAAUAAAUCCAAGGAAGGCAUAUAACGAAGUUCCAGAAACACAGUAUGACUUGCUAGCUGUUCAGUUUUGUCCGUCACAAAGCCUGAAUGGCCACCACAUCCCCUUUUAUCCCCUGUGGGGUGUGGUCCAGUGACUCAGCUUAAUCUCUGGCACGCCUCCUUCUCUGCUGUGUGUGCAUGUCUUUCCGACGCUGUCGGGGAUCCAGCCAAGACUUAUCUCCAUCACUGUCUAACUGCGGCUGCUCGGAAGUGCCUGGCUCCUGGCCUAUCUCUUCUCCUUCGGAAGACACCUGAGGCAUUGCCAGAGAGGAGGUUCCUGGAGAGGGAGGCCUUGCCAACUCCUCUCCUUCACUUUCGGAGUCUUCUCCCUCCAAUAAGACGGGCUCGGGGGUCGGAGUCACAACACUUCAUUUGAGAGAUGAAACCCCCUUUUGCAAAAAGAAGGAAUCUUAUUGGUGCCAUUAAAUCAGAGGUCUCCAACCUUGGCAACUUUAAGACUUGUGGACUUCAACUCCCAGAAUUCCUCAGACAGUUGCCAAGGUUGGAGACCCUUGCAUUAAACAAUCCAAGAGCCUCACAUGCCAUCAGAGGUCUGCUUGUCCUGAGAGGCUGGUGUCAAUCAGCCUUCCACGUUUCAAGAAGGACGCUCUGCUUCAGUGAAUCCAUCAAAGUCCCUUUGGCUCAUCUCAGUGAUAGCAAUAGCGCUUAGACUUAUAUACCGCUUCACAGUGCUUUACAGCCCUCUCUAAGCGGUUUACAGAGUCAUCAUACUUCCUCCCAGCAAUCUGGGUCCUCAUUUUACUGACCUCAGAAGGACAGAAGGCUGAGUCAACCUUGAGCCUUGUGAGAUUUGAGCUGCCAAAUUGCAGGCAGUCAGCAGAAGUAGCCUGCAGUACUGCACUCUAACCACUGCGCCACCGCGGUUUUAAAGGUAUUAAAGGAUACCUUUAAUUUCUCAUACUUAUUUCCUCAGUGCUUCUUGCUCUAUUGGGUUCCUUUUUUAAGGCCAUUUGUCAGUGGAUCCAGUUCAUUCAGUUUACACCACCUAAAGCACGGAGGGCAGAAAAAUCCUCUCCAGCUCUCACAAGCACUGGGAUUCUUGCGGUCAAAGAGAGAAAGAGCGUGCAAAAAUCGACCUGCAAUUGUGUCAACCGAUCCUAAAUGAGAAAGUGCCAAAUUCCGCUGGGUGGUGCACGGGGAAGAUUUGGUCUUUGGUGAAACUGUCUUGCAUUUGAUCCAUUUUCUGAUCUGGUGACAGCGGUUAAAUAUAAAGUUGCCCUUGUCUUACGUUUUGCUAAAUUUUCAGUGCUUGUGAGUCUUCUCACAGUCGAUUGUGGUGGCAAAUGCUGGUUUACGAGCAGCGGUGGGUUUUCAAUAUUCUUACCCCCGGUUUGGCACGCUUGCUAUGCACGUGCACCCGGCCUCAAGAACAUGGAUAAAUAGGACGGCAUGACAUCGGGGUGGGUACUACCGGUUCACCUGAACCGAUACAAACCGGCUGAAUACCACCUCUGUUUACGAGGCAGGGAGAUCACCAGAAACAGGCUGUUGCAGACAUCUCCAUGAGUUGAAACAGAUGUUUCCACGUUUUGUGGGGGGAAAAAUCUCCAUAAUAGAGAAAUGUCCCUGUCUUGCCUCAAUUUUUAUUUUUAUUUUUUGAAACAGGUGGGUUCUCCAAUUUAAAGGCUUGUUACUGGUGUAAUAAAUGUGGAAGGAACAAUGCUUUUUGUCCACAUUCAAUCAUCUCAUUAUAGUUUUGCCUAAUGACCUUGAGUGCAGUAUAGAAUUUCACUUCAUGUACUCUUACCUGCUCUGGCUUUUUCCUGCCUUAUAUAAAAAUGUAUUAUAUUGUAUACAGAAAGAAUAAUGUAGCUGACUUUAGAGACUGUAAAUAAAGAAGAGAGGGUGAAAACAGCUUGAUUAUAUUCCUUUUGUUACAGAUGCCAGAGCAUUGUAGAAUGUUUUUAAAAUGUACUGGUGAUUACUUUUUCUUUUUCUUUUUCUUUUUCUUUCUUUUUUUUUUUUUUGUAUCACAUCCGUUUUAAAAGGUGCCUUAUGUUUACCAUGAAUUGCUUUGUUCUGUACACAAGUUUAUGUCACUGUAUCAUAUAUUUUUUUUGAGUAAAUAACCUUAUUUUAGUAAA